GCAAAAAGGGCAAGAAUCCGGUGCCGUUAAAACUAUAAAAAAAAACAGAAACCGUAUUAUUACUGUACUCUUUGCUAUAUACUACAUACCUACAAUCACCUACUAUAUACUUCUUUAUCAGGAGAAACAUAUGAAAGAUGUACCAUAUAAUUAUAAACCAACGUUAUUAUCGUUACAUGUAACAUAAUAAAUAAACUUAAUUCAGAAAGUAAUAAAAUGAGAAAGUGGAAUUGAAACAAUAGAUGUGAAUUUUUCAAAACAUGGAGCACCCUCUUUUACUGAAAUUAGCAUCUCUCAGUCUUAUUUCACAAUGCAAAUUACAAAGUAUUCUUACGUUAUGUGGCGAUAAAAAGGAUUUAAUUAUAGAUUCAUCUUUAAUCAAGCCACUAGAGAGAAUUUGUGGUGUGUCUUGGCUAAGACAACAUGGUAUUGAUAAAAUUUAUAAAAUGGAUCCACAACUUGGCUCAACUGCGAAUGUAAACAGAGUUUAUUUUAUACCAGCAUGUAUUCAGAAGUACAGAUGUGUCUUGGAUCAGAUAUUAUCUAUGUUGAGCCUGAAUUCUGCAUUGGGUGACCUCAAAUGUUUUCACAUAAUAAUUGCUCCUAAAUUACUAGACUCGUAUAAAUCAAUACUAGAAAGCAGAGGGUUAUAUGAUAUUGUCAACUUGCACUCAUUUUCGUGGGAGUUGAUGACAUUGGAUGAGCAGUUACUUAGUCUGGAACUGCCAUUUUUAUAUAAGCAGUUGUUUGUUGAACACAACCAGUCUUUGUUGUCGAGUGUUGCAAUGUCACUUUGGAGUUUAUUUCAUGUAACCGGUAGACCAAAAGUUUUGUUUUCAGUGGGUAAGAUGUCUGCAAGUGUGUUAGAUAUGCUAGAAGUAUACAAUGAGACAUAUGAUAGAGAUUCCCUUGGUUCAGAUCCAAUUGAAGAAAUUGGUGGUUUGAUAUUAAUAGACAGAAACCAAGAUUACCCUGCUAGUCUACUCACUCCAGCUACAUAUAGUGGCUUGCUCAGUGAAAUAUUUGAUAUAAAUUGUGGUCAUCUAGACUUAAAUGUCAAAGAGACAAAAUAUAAAAAAGGCAAGUUAGAUUUUGGACUUGAAGAGAAAAAGGUAGCUGAUAAAAAUGCAGUCAUGACAUUGGACAGUUCAAUUGAUAAUUUAUAUGGUGAAAUAAAACAUAGACAUUUCUCUGAAGUACUUAGUGUGUUGAGUUCUAAAGCUAAGUUGUUAAAAAAUGAAGAUAUCAAAGCUUUGGGUAUACAAGAGAUGAAACAUUAUGUGGCCACAAAGCUGCAACAAGUUACACUAUACAAGCAAAACUUAGUUAACCAUGUAUUAGCAUGUGAAACAAUAAUAUCAGAGAUGAGUAACAAAUUUGAAAAUUUAAAAAAUACUGAAAAUGAUAUGCUGAAUAAUCAGAAUAAGAAAUCAAACUUCAACUUUGUUGAUGAGCACUUUGGUACUGAUAUUCAUAUUUAUAAUAGUUUACGACUUAUGUGUUUGCUUAGUUUGACACAAGGGUUGUCUUAUGAAGAAUAUAAUACUUUGGUGAGCAAAUAUGUACUAGCAUUUGGAUACAAGUUUCUGUAUGUAUUUAAUAAUUUGGUUAAUGCAGGGUUAUUAGUACAACCUUCUAGUGUUAAGCUAUCUUUAAAUAUUUCUACUUUAGGCAACCUGAGUGACAGACUACCCAAAUGGCAGAGUGGCUUUCAGGCAACUGCAAACAAGUUAAAACAAUUACCAUCACAGCCUGAAAAAGUUGGGAGUUCAUCACCUAGCUAUGUUUUUAACGGUGGCUAUGUGCCUUUGGUUGCAGUAAUCUGUAAUGUCAUUUUAACAUCUGAAACUCUUACGGAUGUGCUGGCAAAACUCUCUGCUUUGAAUGAUUUUAAGAUAGGUGGUAGUAUAGCUUCCAUGUUGAAAGAUGGAAUGGAAACACUAAAUGAAAAGUUGUCUAAUAUGAAACUUCAAACUGAUCUAGAAUUUGGGUGUAAAGAUGUUAGAAGUUUAUCUAAAGUAAUGAAGACUGAUCCCAAUUUUGGGAAUGUUUUUCCAUUGAAACCUAAAAGUGUGUUGGUGUAUGUGGUGGGUGGUGUAAACUAUGCUGAGAUUGCAGCAUGUGAUGUCAUACAGAAAACUACAUGCAGUAAGAUUUAUAUUGCUAGUGAUUGUGUAAUGAAUGGUGGAGAUCUCAUAUCUUCCAACAUUUGAUUCAUUAUUAUAAGUUUAAUUUCAUAAAACUUGAUUACAUUAGUUACAAGUUUAGUAUAUUGUAGAUGUAUGUU